ACAUACCGCAUGAGCCCACAUGAGACUCUUGUGUUGUGAGACUAAAAGUUCAAAUUUGCAAAGAAAAAUACACGUUUACACGGGACAGACGAAGAACAUUUAACAAUUUUUAAGGACAUUUUGCUCUUUAAAUGUCACUAUUUCUCGUAAACAGGUAUCUUGGAGAGGAGGAGAAUGGAGGUACCUCAAAGGACCGACAGUCUGAGGUUUUGUUGGCUAAACUGCAACAGAAAGCUAAAGAGAAGCAGAAACAGCGUUUGACGGAGGAGAGAGAAUGCAAGCGUGACGAACAAACGGAGCAGCAGCGUGUCAAAAACAAAAGAGAGGCUGACAGAGAUGGCGGUCAAGAGCAUCAGCACCACAAAAGGAGGAAAUCCGAAAUAGAAGAUUUGAAUAAUUCAACCUCUGACAACCAAGAUGAGCCUAUCAAAAAACCAAAGAAGAAAAAGAGUGGUGCAGCUGAGAAACGGAAGAAGAAAGAUUCAUCAGGCAAGUCAGCCGAAGUGAGCCCAGACGGAGCAGCGUCCGAACCACAACAGGCGUCUGCAGAAACAGAACAGGAUUCCUCUAAGCCCGGUUCAGAGAAGCCGCCUGUCCCAUCUGGAUUUCCUGUUCUUGGAGGAUUUGAGAGCAAACCUGUUCAAAAGGUUCUCCGAGUCCUGCCCCAGUGGCUCGCAGAGCCCGACCUGAUUCACAGGGAUAUCAAAAGCAACGUGGUCCCCGUCUCUGACGUCCCUGGGGUUUGUCCUGAGCUCCUGAAGAAACUACACAAGAACGGGAUUCAGCACUUCUUUCCAGUGCAAGCUGAGGUGAUCCCAGCCAUCUUGGAGAGUGUGCAGCCUGGAGUUCUGCUGGGCCGGGGCGGCUACAGGCCCAGGGACAUCUGCGUGUCUGCUCCAACAGGCAGCGGGAAGACUCUCUCCUUCGUCGUACCUGUCGUACAGGUGCUAACGGAGCGGGUGGUGUGUGAAGUCCGGGCUCUGGCCGUGCUGCCGACCAAAGAGCUCGCCCAACAGGUUUACAAAGUGUUUGUGUCGUACGCCGAGGGCACCCCUCUGAAGGUGGUGAUGCUGGCCGGGCAGAAGUCCUUCUCUGCAGAACAGGAGUCUCUCACAGAGCAGAGAGGGAGCGUGAGGCGAAGUGCAGCGGACAUCGUUGUUGCCACUCCUGGACGGCUGGUGGAUCACAUCAAUAAAACGUCCGGCUUAUGUCUGAAACAUCUCCGGUUCCUUAUCAUUGACGAGGCUGACAGGAUGAUUGACAGCAUGCACCACUCGUGGCUCAGCCAGGUGAUGAGAGCAGCGUUCAGCUGCAGAGACCAAGCAGAGGACCUGAGCCUCUUCAGGAGGACGGAGACGGCAUUUAUCACAGCAGACAGUCUGUCCCCUCCUCAGGUUCCUCUCCAGAAGCUGCUGUUCUCCGCCACGCUCACGCAGAACCCGGAGAAGCUGCAGGAGCUCGGCCUCCACCAGCCCAGACUCUUCAGCUCUGUUCACAGAGACUCCAGUGACGCAUCAGCAGCCGCCACGCAAAAACAGGACCGCUUCGACUUCCCCCAGGGACUCACGGAGUAUUACGUGCCCUGUACGAUGAGCAACAAGCCCCUCCUCAUCCUGCACUUCCUCCUGCGCAUGAAGCUGAGCCCCGCCCUCUGUUUCACCAACUCCAGGGAGACGGCUCACAGACUCCAGCUGUUGGUGCAGCUCUUCGGGGGGAUUCAGGCCGCCGAGUUCUCGUCCCGACUCUCCCCGAGCGAGAGGAAGAGGACUCUGAAGAGCUUUGAGCAGGGAAAGAUCCACAUGCUGAUCAGCACGGACGCGGCUGCCCGAGGCCUCGACGUCAGCGGGGUCAAGUGUGUCGUCAACUACGACGCGCCGCAGUACGUCAGGACCUACAUCCACAGGGUGGGGAGAACGGCCAGGGCAGGGAAAGCAGGACUGGCCUUCACCUUUCUGCUCAGGGUGCAGGAGAAGAAUUUCCUUCAAAUGGUGGCGGAAGCCGGAAGUCCUGGGAUUCAGAAGCAGCUGAUCAAGCCGGAGAGCUUGAAGGGCAUGGAAGAACGAUACGAACAAAUACUGCAAGAGCUGGCCGUUGUAGUCAAGGACGAGAAAAGCAGAUGAUGAAACUGAGCUGAAGUCAAAAUCCCACCAGUACGAUUAUCAAACAGCAUCGUUUCUGCUGUACUUUCACCUCAUGUUCCUGUUAUUCAACCUUUGACCCUUGAAUAUGCAACUUAAGAGUAACAAGUUUCAAGACACAUGAAAUCCUUCUUUAAUUAAAAAAAAACAAAAAAAGGGUUAAGACACAGGUGUGUGUAUGAAGAAGACAGUGUUUAUAUAAAAGGACUAAUGGUCCCUUUUUUUU